AGAUCUUUCGCUAUCAAAAGUAGUAUAACGUGAGUGUUUGAAUGAUAUUACUACGGGAUCUGCGACUCCAAGUCCUCUACUCAAUUACUCCAUAACACAGUCUACAACACUAAAGCAGCACAUAACGGGUCGCUGAGUAAGUAACAUUAAUCCAGCUUUGACAAACGUUGAGAAACGAUCACAAGCAUCCACACACACAUUGAAUUACUCUACCUAUGGCAAUGGCCGCAUCUCUUUCUUCACUUACCGCCAUAUUCCUCUCUUUUUCUUCGGAUGUUGAGAUUGGAUUGGGAUGUCGCCGUGCUCCGCGUGCCCCCUGCCAAUCAGGUCAACGUAAGCAACCCCGGGUUGACUGCCAGUUGCGGGAUGGUUUGAUAGGUUUCGGGGCAUCAGGUCCAUCACGCAAUCGGCACUCAAAGAACGUGAUUCACUUGAUCAUAGGAUACCAGUAGUCUUGAGUAGUUCUUCGACGUUCUAGAUGCUCUAAGUGUAGUGUUCAACGCAAACAUGAACUUGAGAAAAUCGGGUGAACUUCAUUAGCGCUGACAUCCUGUGACUUUUACUCUUAAACUUUCUCAGGAAUCGGAAGUUCCUGUGCCAAGAUGACGAUCCUCCUCCUGACCUCACUGGUCGCUCUAUGCAUUGUGGUGGUGACAGUGUUCAAGACCGUCACCAAAGCUCACGCAUCGCCCCUUUCUCGUAUCCCUAAUGCUGGUUGGGGAGCAGGCUAUUCGAGGUUGAUCUGGGCUUUUCGUCAAGAAUACCGAGGCAACGUCACCCUUGAACUCCCAAAAUUGCAUGAGACCCUAGGCCCUCUUAUUCGAAUUGGUCCCAAUGAGCUAUCGUUCUACUCCAUCGACAUCUACGAUACGGUCCAUAAAGUCAACAGCGGAUUUGUAAAGGAUCCACGAAACUAUGGCGAAUUUGUCCAAGAUGAACACCCCGCACUCUUCUCUAUCACAGAUCCUCAAGAGCAUGCCAAGAGGCGGAGAAUCCUUGGUCAACUCUUCAGCCGCAGUAAUAUCGAGAAGCUUGAAGGAUUAAUGCUUCAUCAUAUUGAUGAAUUCGUCUCGGCAGUCGGAAAGAGAAGCACCUCUUUUGAUAUAGGCCUUGCCUGCCGCGCUCUUGAGGCAGAUAUCAUAUCGGAUUUUUCAUUCGGCGAAGCCUUGUCGGCCGUCUCUGCCUGGUCAAAAGGUGAAGAAGUUGCUCUUGUAUCAAAGAACGAUGAAAAGGCGACAUUUUUGCCUCUGAUAAUGAACUUCCCGCUUCUGUACUCAAUCUGGGUGAGAGUAGAAGACUUAUUUUGUCAUAUGGAAGGCUCGCGUACAUCCUCUAAAAGGGGACUACAGCAAUAUGACGAGUGGACGUACAAAGCUUGGGUCCAAAACAAAGAUCCAGACCGAAAGUCACAAUUUCCCAAUCUACUAAACGUCAUGGUUUCAGCUGGCUUGCCGACUCAGACGGCCCUAUCAGAGGCCAAAGAGAACCUGGGACCUGGGACCGACACCACCUCUGCAUCCCUCGCCCAUAUACUCUAUGCCCUUUCCUGGAACUCGACUUAUCAGCAGAAGGUGUAUCAAGACCUAGCAUCCCGCGGGUUUCCCACGGAUUUCAAUACUUUAGAAAACAUCCCUCGCUUGAGAGGUUGUGUAAAAGAAGGCAUUCGUUGGGCCGGCGCGUCCGUAGCGAUGUUGCCCCGUGUGGUUCCCAAAGGUGGUGUUGAGCUAUGUGGAAAUUUUGUUCCCGAAGGCACUAUCGUAACUUCAUCGCCAGUCUGGUAUCUCAGAGACAAGUAUGCAUAUCCGAAUCCAGAGUUGUUCAAUCCCUACCGCUGGAUAGAUGAUUCCGGCUUGAACACUACGGAGGAUGUACUACGAGACAAGUUUUACGUUGCAUUCUCUAAAGGCGCAAACACUUGUAUCGCAAAUCACUUCUCAUACCUAGAAUUGUACAUGAGUGUUGCAAAGAUGGUCGCAAACUUUGAAAUCAGCCCUGCCAAUGAACAACAUAGACACGCGCAAGCUGCAGGACUGAACAAUGCAGACUGGCAGCCUGUGCAACUUCCCAAGAGAAAGGAAUGGGUUUCAGCCGUGGUCACUGAGCCUCUGUUGAUCAAGACUGUGCCACGAAGACACGUUUAG